GUUUACAUCACUUUGAUUUUCUCUCUUUAGUGUUUUAAACACAGUGUUGUCUCUGUGUGUGUGUGUGUGUGUGUUUGUGUUGAGAUGUUGACGAUGACGUCAGAGAACAGCAGAUCCUGAACACCAGACCACUGAACAUGUGUUCGGUCACACUGAUGGAGAUGAAAACAGAACUCGCAGUAAAGGAAGAACAGACUGAUGAAGAUGUUGUUCCGUCAGGUUUGUUUCUUCUGUUGUCUUUUUUUUUUACAAUAUUUUAUUGUCAUGAGUUCUUGUUUCAUAAAAUCAGGUUUGUUUUGCUCAAGUCAAGUUUCUCAUUCUCAGUGGACACUGAUGUAGUUUCAGAUGUGCUGGAGCUUCUUCUUAACGCUGUUGUGUUUGUUUCAGAUGAGAGCGGUGAUUCAUGUGGUGAUGGAGAAACGGCCUCUACAUCAAAACAGCGACUGACAGCACAAACUCUUUCCUGCAUCACCUGUGGAAAGACAUUCAGUUCACAGAGACGUUUAGAGACACAUGAGAGAAAACACACAGAACAGAAACUCUUCACCUGCACCAGAUGUGACAUCAGCUUUCCUACCUUACAAGAGAAGAAACUUCAUUCACAAGAGCACAGAGACAAGAAACACUAUGAGAAGAAACAGUUCCAUUGUGAGCAGUGUGGGAAGAAUUUUCUCUUCUCUUCUAGUCUAAAAAUUCACAUGCGGACACACAGUAAUGAAAAGUCUUUCCACUGCAAUCAAUGUGACAAAUGUUUCAGCCGCAAAGAAUAUCUUGUUCUUCAUCAGAGAAUUCACACGGGAGAAAAACCGUAUGCGUGUCCUCACUGUGACAAGAGAUUCAACCACAAACCUCAUCUGAAGGAACACAUGUGUGUCCACAGUGAUGAGAAACCGUAUCAGUGCAGUGAAUGUGGAAAAACCUUUAAGGUUUUAGGUUCUUUAAAAAUUCACCAAACAACACACUCUGGGGAGAAACUCUAUCAGUGUUCACACUGUAAUAAAGGCUUCUGUCAGAAACCUCAUCCGAAACGUCAUGAGAGAACUCACACUGGAGAGAAACCUUACAUCUGUUCUCACUGUGGAAAGAGGUUUACUGACUCACAAUAUUUUAAAUCUCAUAAAAGAAUUCACACUGGAGAAAAACCUUAUCACUGCAGUGUUUGUGGGAAGAGUUUCAGUCGACAGGACACUUUAGUCAAUCACAAGAGAAUUCACACAGGUGAAAGACUUUAUAAAUGUUCUCAGUGUGACAAGACGUUUGCUCGAACGUGUGUCUUGAGAACCCAUCAGAGAGUUCACACUGGAGAGAAAGUGGAGAGAGAUUCACUUAUUUAGGAACUUUUAACACUCAUCAGAAGAAACAUGCUGAAGAUCAAACUGUACUGGAAUCAUCAUAAUGUUUUCUACUAUUUCUGUGUGUAGAGUCUAUAACCUGAAUGUGCUUAAACUCACUAGAUAGAAACAUACACUUGUUUCUUGUUUUAUUUCAUUAAGGUGCAUCGUUAUUGGCAGUGCCACCCUUUGGUUACAUGAACACGUUACGCAUGAAAACACAGCGAUUUUUUUUAAGAUCGCACACACUAUUCGAAAUUCUAUAAUAAAAACGAAUCGAAUAUUCAAAAUUCGUGACUAAUCCCUAGUUGAGAGUUGUAUUGUGUCUUAUGCUGAUAUGAGUAUCCGUUGGUCUCCAUCUCAAGGUUCAUAUAAUGUCAUGAGACAAUGUUUUGAUACUGUAAUCUUGAAUGUUAAAAACACAUAUUGAAUCUGUUUCUAGUCAGAUGAAGUUUGGCAGAGCUUGACUGAGCAUCAACACACAACUGAGAUUAUUCAAUAAAUCAUUUGUCUGUCUAUAUAACAUCA